UGGGUGCGUCUGUCCGUCUGUCCGUCCGGGAUGGCGUCCACGUUCAACGACAUCGUGAAGCAGGGCUACGUGCGCAUCCGGAGCCGGCGCCUGGGGAUUUAUCAACGAUGCUGGUUAGUAUUCAAGAAGGCGUCAAGCAAAGGUCCAAAAAGACUGGAGAAAUUUUCCGAUGAACGUGCUGCGUAUUUUAGGUGUUAUCAUAAGGUCACAGAACUCAACAAUGUGAAGAACGUGGCUCGAUUGCCCAAGAGUACUAAGAAGCACGCUGUGGGGCUCUAUUUCAACGAUGAUACUUCCAAGACCUUUGCCUGCGAAUCAGAUCUCGAGGCUGAUGAAUGGUGCAAAGUGCUCCAGAUGGAAUGUGUGGGGACUCGCAUCAAUGACAUUAGCCUCGGAGAGCCAGACUUACUGGCUACCGGAGUGGAGAGAGAACAGAGUGAGAGAUUCAAUGUGUAUUUGAUGCCAUCUCCUAACUUAGAUGUCCAUGGCGAAUGUGCCUUGCAGAUUACGUGUGAGCACAUCUGCCUUUGGGACGCGCAGAAUCCCAGAGUCAGACUUCUGUCCUGGCCACUAAGUGCCCUGCGGAGGUACGGACGGGACGCGGCUUGGUUUACUUUUGAGGCAGGGAGGAUGUGUGAGACUGGUGAAGGGCUGUUUAUCUUUCAAACGCGAGAUGGGGAGGCCAUCUACCAGAAAGUCCACUCCGCUGCCCUGGCCAUAGCCGAGCAGCAUGAACGUCUACUCCAGAGCGUGAAAAACUCAAUGCUGCAGAUGAAGAUGAGCGAGCGUGCCGCCUCCCUGAGCACCAUGGUGCCCCUGCCGCGGAGCGCCUACUGGCAGCACAUCACGAGGCAGCACAGCACUGGGCAGCUGUACCGCCUGCAAGAUGUUUCCAGCCCUCUGAAGCUGCAUCGGACAGAGACGUUCCCUGCAUACCGCUCGGAGCACUGACGGUGGCGGCUGAGAAUGGGAGCCAAGAGCUGCAGGUCUGCCCUGGUCACAAGAAGACAAUGACGAGGCCACGAAUAAAGGCCACAGACGGUCCUGGCUGGUGCCUGGUCCCAGGGAAACUCUGCAAUACCCUAUCUGUCUGUUUCUUUGUUCUCUUCUUCUUUUUCACACAACCCUAGCCAACCUGAAGCGUGUCCUCUAGAUAUAAGCGUUUUUUUCCCUUUUCCAGCUGGACGGAGCCGGUGUCGCGGUGGUUUUCUAUUGUAGAUCUCACGUUCACUUUCUGACUUUCAAUUUGUGGACCCUUGUGAAUUUCCUUGAGUGUUUUGAGUGUACGGCAGUUGGUGCUGACAAUAAAAUGGUUCUUACUUA